AUGACUCAAUCCUCACACCACCGUGUAAAGGAUAUAUUUCGGAUCAUUGGUCCACACCGAUCCAAAGCUUUUACUUCUUCCGAUCAUAGAAGAACCACUAGUUUUAUGAUUUUAAUUUUGACAAUCAUAAUAAUAAUUUCAAUUGUGAGAGCACAACCAUCCAAUCCAAAAUCUACCAUAAUUUCAUCAUCAUCGGAUCCAUCAUUAACAAAUACUCACCAAUUACAAGCACUUGUAGAAAAAUUCUUUUCCGAUACUCAUUCUUCAUCUACUCAAAAACAUUCCAAUAAUUGGGUGGUACUGAUUGAUACAAGUAGAUUUUGGUUCAAUUACAGACAUGUUGCAAAUACUCUUUCUAUUUAUCAUAUCGUUAAGAAUUUAGGUAUUCCCGAUUCUCAAAUAUUAUUAAUGUUGGCCGAUGAUGUAGCAUGUAAUCCUAGAAAUAGAUUUCCUGGAGAAGUAUUCAACAAUAAGAAUAGACAGAAAAAUUUAUAUGGAGAAAAUGUGGAAGUGGAUUAUAGAGGAUAUGAAGUCACUGUUGAAAAUUUCUUUAGAGUACUUACAGGAAGACAUCAUGAUGCCGUUCCUACCAGUAAACGUUUGAUGAGUGAUGAACAUAGUAAUGUACUGUUAUUUAUGACUGGACAUGGAGGUGAUGAAUUUUUCAAAUUUCAAGAUCAAGAAGAAAUUAAUAGUGCAGAUAUUGCUGACGUGAUCCAUCAAAUGGCUGAAAGAAGAAGAUUUAGAGAAAUGCUCAUGAUUGUGGAUACAUGUCAAGCUGGAUCUUUAUUUGACAAGUUAUAUACACCAAAUGUGAUUGCAGUAGGAAGUAGCAAACGUGGGGAAAAUUCAUAUUCUCACCAUUCUGAUUUGGAUAUUGGAGUUGCUGUGAUUGACAGAUUUACGUAUUCUUCUUUAGAGUUCUUUGAAAAUCGUGAUUUUAGACACUACUCUCCAUCUGUGAGAAAUUGGUUUAACUCAUAUACUGCUGAAGCACUACAUUCGACUCCAAAUAUGCGGUACGAUCUCUAUCCAAGAAAUCUAGACACAGUGCCCAUUACAGACUUUUUUGGCUCUGAUAUUAAAAUCGAAUUCCAAGACGAACGAUAUCCACGAGGAAAUGCAACGCUUCUUUCCACAUAUCUACCCAUUCACACCAAUGAGGAGUAUCGAAUUACGUUUCCAUCAUCAGAUGAAACCGUGGUAGCAGCCCAAGAAACACCAGUCACUUUUGAGAAUGGGCUCUCAAUUGUAAAUAAGAAUAUUGUAGCGUUAUUUGUCAUUGGAGUGUUAAUUUGCCUAUUUUUGAAAUAA